AUGGAUUCACCACACACACCGUCACCAUCGACACCAGCGACCCCCGCGCCUGCCCCUUCCACCACCCCCUCCCCGGCGCCUACCCUCCCGCGGAACGGCGUGCCCCCGCAGACGAUCGUGAUUAAGCUUGGCACAUCCUCAAUAGUACACGAAACAACCCACCAACCCCUCCUCUCCAAACUAUCCGCCAUCGUCGAAGUCGUCGUCGAUCUCAAACGGCACGGGCAUCGCGUUGUGUUAGUUAGCUCGGGUGCGAUUGGGGUGGGGAUGAGGAGGAUGAGGAUGGAGAGGAGGCCGGGGAGUCUUGUUGGGAAACAGGCACUAGCAGCCAUCGGCCAAGGCAGACUUAUAGCAUUAUGGGAUAACCUGUUCAGCCAGCUCGAACAGCCUAUUGCGCAGAUUUUGUUGACGAGGGGGGAUAUUUCUGAUCGAACGCGGUAUUUGAACGCUGUGAACACGCUCAAUGAGCUGUUAAGUAUGGGCGUGGUGCCGAUUGUGAAUGAGAAUGAUACGGUUUCUGUUAGUGAAAUCAAAUUUGGGGACAACGAUACCCUAUCCGCUAUAACCUCCUCCAUGAUCCACGCGGACUAUCUCUUCUUACUGACGGACGUGGACGGGCUGUAUACGGCGAACCCGAGGAAGGAGCCCGGUGCGAGGAUGAUUGAGGUCGUUGAGAGUGUUGCUGGGAUUAGGCGGGAAGUCAGUACGAAUACGCUAGGGUCAAGUCUUGGUACGGGUGGUAUGGAAACAAAAUUGAUCGCAGCGGAAAUAGCAACUGCAGCGGGAGUAACAACAGUAAUCACAACAAGCCAAUCCCCACAAAACGUAUUCAAAAUCAUAGACCGCGUCCUCCCGCGCCCACCACACACACUCUUCCUCGCUUCGCCUACACCGCUGCGCGAUUUGAAAGCGUGGACGAGAAAUACGCUGAAUCCGUCGGGGAGUGUGGUGGUUGAUGGGGGUGCGUAUGGGGUGUUGGCGAAGAGGGAGAGUGGGGGGCGGUUGUUGGCGGUUGGGGUGCUGGGUGUGGUUGGGGUGUUUGCGGCGGGGCAGGCUGUUAGGGUUGUUGUUUUGGCGGGGGGGAGGGGGGAAGAGGAGGGGGAGGGAGAGGAGAAGGAAAUCUGCGAGAGUGAUGUCAUUGAAGUUGGUCGUGGACUCGCGAAUUACAAUUCUGCGCAGAUUAUGGCUGUUAAAGGGUUGAAUAGUGCGCUUCUGCCUCGCGUUUUGGGAUAUGCGGAUUCGGAUUUUGUGCAUUGUUACGCUAUUUUUUUUGUUAAUGGAUUUGUGCUGGUGCAUGGAUUGAUUGCGAUUGAGAAUCAGAUCGCUCAAUGGAAGGGUGCGAACACCGAUCGCCGACUACUUAUGUACGCCCCCGUUACCUCUGCAGCCAAUAGCAGCCCCGCCGUAUUGGCUCGCGGGAGGGGAAUGCAGUCACUGUGGCUGAUUCUUGCAGGGAAUAGCCACCCCGAGCUCGCCCAAGCUGUGGCCGAGCGGCUCAACGUGCCCCUGGUCCCCGUCACCGUCAAAAAAUUCUCCAACGGCGAAAUCAACGUCAAAAUCUCCGAGUCCGUGCGCGACGAAGACGUCUUCAUCAUCCAGUCCGGAUGCGACGACGUCAACGACAAUUUCAUGGAACUCCUCAUUCUGAUCUCAGCGUGCAAGACGGCGUCGGCGAGGCGGAUUACGGCUGUUAUCCCUUGUUUCCCGUAUGCGCGGAUGGAUAAGAAGGAUAAGAGUCGGGCGCCGAUUACGGCGAAGCUUGUGGCGAAUAUGUUGGUUGUGGCGGGGUGUGAUCAUGUUAUUACGAUGGAUCUGCAUGCAAGUCAGAUUCAGGGGUUUUUUGAUAUUCCGGUGGAUAAUUUGUGGUCGGAGCCGUUGAUGGUUGGGUAUAUCAAGAGGGAGAUUGCGGGGUGGAGGGAUGGGAUUAUUGUCAGUCCUGAUGCGGGCGGUGCGAAACGGUGCGUGGGGUCUUUUCUAUUGCGUUCUGGACCCAGAUCUCGUACGACCCUAAUCCAGAGGUUAGCCCCGCCCGAAGGCCAGAAUGGGGCGUAA